CAGCAGCAAGAGGAGGAGGAGGAGGAGGACAGGGUGACGACAACCAUGACGAAUGAAGUCGAAGAAGAAAAAGGAAGAAUACAAAAAAGUGAUUUUAAUUAAAGUCACAAGUUGUCAUGCGUACUUGGUAUGAGAGGAGGGAAGUGUCCUCAUAACAGUUGUUUCUAUCUGUGUCCCAUACUCACCACUACUCCUUUUUUCCACUGUUGUUUGCGCAUUAAACUGUAACUAAGCAGUUAGUAAAGUAAAGUUUAGUGGCGCGACUUUAAAUGGAUUUAUUCAAGUCUUUCACGAGUCCGUAUGGAAGUCUUUCCUAGAUUUGUAUGAGUCGACAGCUCAACACUACCGGUGGCAGUGAAUUUAAAAUGUAUUGCUAGGACGGUUAAGGAAAACACCAUGGCAGACAGAAGGACAUUCAACGUUGUGAUUUUGGGUGUGGGAUUUUUGUUCAUUUUCACCGCCUUCACCACUUGUGGGAACGUUGAACAAACUGUGGUGAAAAGCCUGGAGAAUGACACUUUCACUGGAAGUGGGUACCACAGUCUUGGAAUCAUCUAUGGCGUCUUUUCCUUCUCAAAUUUACUUGCACCAGCUGUCGUUACAGUAAUUGGACCAAAAGUGACAAUGUUUUUGAGUGGCCUGCUUUACAGUGGGUACAUUGCUGUGUUCAUCGUCCCUUCAACAUGGUCCUUUUACUUGACCUCUGUGCUCAUCGGCAUAGGAGCAGCCAUGCUGUGGACAGCUCAAGGACACUUUCUGGUGGAAAACUCAGAGGCCUCCACCAUCAACAGGAACACUGGGAUGUUCUGGGCUCUGUUGCAGUGCAGCAUGUUGUUUGGCAAUCUUUACAUUUACCUUGACUGGAAUGGAAGAACAGAGAUAUCAGACAGGAGCAGGAAAAACAUCUUUCUGUCCCUGCUGGUCACCUCUAUACUCGGCACACUCAGCUUCCUGGUGUUGAGAAAGAGCCAUCAUGAAGAGGAGAUGCUCUCUGAAGAGGAAGGGCGAUCGCUGCUCUCAACUCGCAUGAUGUAUAAGCACAGAGCAAGCACUGCAAUGCAAGAUGCCAAGUCAGAAUUCAAAACUAUCCUGCAACUUCUGAAGACUAAAACUAUACUUCUCCUGAGUCCCUGCAUGGCAUACAGCGGCCUUGAGCUAUCUUUCUACAGUGGAGUGUACGGGACAUGUAUUGGAGCAACUACACAGUUUGGAGAAUCAGCUAAAGGCUUGAUUGGGAUCUCUGGGAUCGUGGUAGGCGUCGGAGAAAUAGUGGGUGGAGGCUUGUUUGGAUUGUUGUGUAAGAACAACCGCUUCAGACGGACAUCUGUAGUGUUUCUGGGAAUGGUCGUCCACUUUGUUGCUUUCUAUUUGAUCUUCCUAAACAUCCCAGAUGAUGCUCCUGUCGUCUUAAAAACCACCACCCAAAAGAACCCAUAUCUAACCCCAAGUGUAUCCAUUGCCCUGCUGUGCAGCUUCUUGCUCGGACUCGGGGACAGUUGUUUCAACACACAGCUCUACAGCAUAUUAGGCCGUGUUUAUGCUGAACACAGCACGCCUGCUUUUGCCAUCUUCAAAUUCAUCCAGUCUGUUUUUGCAGCUGUGGCGUUCUUCUACAGCGGUUACGUCCUGUUGAUGUGGCAGCUCCUGCUGAUGAUCAUCCUGGGCUUCACCGGGACGCUCUGCUUCUUCGUGGUGGAGAGGAUGCAGAACUUCUCUGUAGACUUGCAGGAAUAUUAGAAGGAAGACAUUGUGAUGUCAGCAUUGGUUGCCUUGUGGGACAGACACCUGGUGGUGAGAAGAACUGAGGCCAUCAGAAAAACAAUCCUGCGUCUUUUAUAUCAUGAGGGGUUAACUUAAAAUCUUUUUUUCUUCUAAUGCACCUAUGGUCGCACACAUUUGGAUAACAUUCACACUUAAAAUAGUUUGAAUUGAUGCCACAACUGGAGCCAAGUUGCCUUAAGGAAACCUUUGAAUAGUACAGCAUGAGCCUGGAUUUUACCUUGCACAUUUUCUGCUUCCUUUUCCCGGCACUACACAGUAGAACUGUUAAUCAUUUACUCUAACGUUCUGCUGCUCCUGACUUUACUGUAGUAUCGUAAAAAUAACCACUCACUUGCCUCGUACUUAUUCUGCAUUGCUUCCAGCUCAGGUUUGUUAUUGAAGAUAGUGUCAUUGUUGAAUAUAUUUUAUGCAUUUAAAAGUGUUAAUAACUAUUAAAGCUGUUCAUAGUUUAUCAGAAUGAUUGACAGUUAGAUGAAAAUAAUGCAAUAUUGUUCCUGUCAUUGUCUUUCAGAAAAAAUGUUUAACUAAUGCCUGACAAUCAUUGUUAACUUUUUUGUAAAUUUUGCAUAUUAAUACCAGGUUUGUGACUGUUUGAUGAAUAAAGCUCUGAUGCAUUUUGCAUUUUCUGUAAUUUAAUUGAACGAUUGGGAGAACUGAAAGAAUCAG